AUUUCGGCUCCUCUUGCUCGUGUGUUGUGCAAUUUUCUGGAGGUGCAGUGAUGUGUGUAUGUGACAUGUAUAAAUCCCUUGCAAGAUAGCAGCCUUGCACAGUGGCCAUGUGACGUUAUGGAAAGCUCAGGUGCAUCUAGAUUUUCAUCAAGGUAGUUCAAGAGGCUGAUACUUCAACUGAAAUUCUUCAACCAUCUUCAGUAGAUUCAUAAAUCAUGGAAAAGGAUUUGGAAGUGAAUGAAAGGACCCCCAUCCUCGCUGACUCAGUCACCUGCAAUCUUGCCAUUGUGGAAAAAAAGAUUGCAAAUCAUGAUGAAAACAGCAAUGAAAAAGUAGACUUUUCAUUUAAAAAAUUGGAUCAUAAGAAGAAGUUGACAUUUGUGACAUUAGCGUUUGUAAACUUCUGUGCGUGCACUUGUUUCUCGCUACUGGCGCCAUUCUUCCCAAGAGAGGCUGAGUCCAAGGGGGCAUCUCAAACUGUCGUUGGAUUCAUUUUCGGCUGCUUUGAAUUUGUCAUAUUUGUGUCAUCACCAAUAUUUGGAACAUUUUUAACAAGAUUAGGACCUAAGUUUGUGUUCAUAUCUGGAGUGUUUGUGUGCGGAUCAUGCAGUGUUCUAUUUGGGCUAUUAGAUCGAUCACCCUCAGGAACCAUCUUCAUCGUCAUGUGCUUCUUGUGCCGAUCUGUAGAAGCCCUGGGUUGUUCCGCGUUUAUCACAGCCAGCUUUGCAAUAGUGGCCUACUCAUUUCCUGACCAUGUCACCACAGUUUUUGGAACCUUGGAAACGUUUAGUGGGCUGGGCCUCAUGGUGGGACCUCCAAUAGGGGGCGCUCUGUAUGAGCUUGGUGGUUACGGUCUGCCAUUCUGGACACUAGGUGGCCUUUGUCUGAUGUGUGCCAUGUCAUCAUUCUUCUUCAUGCCAUCUAAUGACGAGGCACGCCAGCCCUACAAGGGCUCUGUAUUUACCCUGCUGACGAGUAUGGAGGUGUGGGUCACGUGCUUCUCUAUAUUCUGUGGAUCUUUUUCCCUGGGGUUCCUGGACCCCACUCUGGCCUCUCAUCUCCAGGAGUUCAACCUGAGUACCUUGGUCGUCGGAUUCAUCUUCCUGGCGGCUCCAGCAGUGUACGGUUUCACAGCCCCCAUCUGGGGCUGGGUCGGCGAUGCCAAGGGUCAGAUCAAGUCUCUGAUGGUGGUGGGGAACUUCAUGUCCUGCGUUGCCUUCCUCCUGAUGGGCCCCUGCCCGCUGCUGCCCCCGCUUACAUUGUGGCUAAAUGUGAUCAGCUUGAUGAUGGUUGGGCUCUUUGUUGGUUGUGCCCUCAUACCUACCAUAACCUGCCUUCUCGUUGCUGCCAGGAGACUUGGAUUUAAAGAAAAUUUAGACACUUAUGCUCUAGUCUCUGGGCUUUUCAAUUCAGCGUACUGUUUGGGGACAUUUGUAGGCCCCACACUUGGUGGAGUGUUAAAGGAACACUUCGGCUUUGGCUGGGCAUCCUCAUUAGUAGCUGCUAUGUUUCUGUUGGCCGGUAUAAAUCUGUCGCUGUUUAUAUGCUGCACAAAGCCCUGCUGUUGCCGUGGUGACAAAAGAAGUGAAUACACAAUAUUAGAAGGGUCCAAUGACUCGACACCCAUAGGAGGGUCACUGGAGGAAACUAGAGCAUGAUAUUGGACUGGUUUUCACAAGUCUAAAAGCCAGACCAAUUGGUUGAUUGUAUUAAGGGCAAAUCUGCUCAAACAAUUAAAAGUCUAUCAAACAAUUAAAUCUGCUCUUACUUAAAGUAGUACCCAAACUGUAAAUAUUUAUAUUUCAACGGUCUGUUGUUUUUUGUUCCCAGGUACAUCAAAUGAGACAUCUGUAUAAAAUACAUAUACACAUCUUCUAACCCUGUGAAUUUGAAAGUGAAAAUAUAAUCUGAAAAAUCUUCUUUUCACUUGGGGAAAUUUUCUUCUUCAUCUCUACAAUAACACUGCCUGCACACACAACAAAUUCAUUAACCAAUCAGAUGAUGGCCUUCAUCCAACAUGUGGGAUGCUACGGAAAGCUCUGACCAAUGAGGGAACAGAUUGAAACAAGACAACAUUCACUACUACACAGCAUGUGUAUAUAUGUCUGGCAGUAUGUAUUGAGUGUAUGCAAGCCAUUAUGUACUGAUGAUGACUGGAAAGUAGACUUAAGGUAGCUGAGUGCACUGGCAUAUAUAUAUAUUUAUAUAAACAUUUAUUCAUGAGACACAGAUGAGCUGUAAUUCUUUGUUCAUUAUUGUGCUCAUUAAUUAGUUUUCUUCUUUGUCUUCUAUACACUAGUAAUGAAAACAAGUCAUGUUGAACAUACACUGAAGUCCCUGUAUUGUUCAGCUAAUCUGUUUUUGAUGUCAUAAACAAUAGAUGAAGCGGUGGAAAUCCAUGAUGCUUCAACUGACCAAUCAGAAUUGGCAAUCACUUCACACAUGCACAUAUCAGACUGUAAUUACAGAUCCUGGUGGCCAGUACUAACAUAUAUCGUCUGACUAAACUAUCCUACAUACAGCACUCACCAAAAUUUCACUCAGAGGUGGAUGUGUUUGUGACAUUUUUAUACACACAACAACCCCAUUUCUGUGACAUAGCAAUAUUGACAUACUGUCAUAUAACAUAUUAUCCCCUGCAAGCAUAUCAUCUUGAUGUGUCUCUUAUGACGCCCAAGAUGAGCAACAGUGCCUCUGUGCUAAUCAUUCCUUGAUGGUGAAAUACACUUUAUUAUAGGAUACACAUAAAAUUGAUGGACAAAAGGGAAACAGCCAAUGAAAUGUCUCAAAUGUAUAUUGCAAGGCAGUUAAUUUGUUUAAUGUGUUCAACAAUUCUAGUUAUACAGAGACCACAAAUAUAUAUAUAUAUAUAUCUUAUAUUUAUAUUACCAAAAUAUACUCAGAAUAUUGUAUUUUUUCAGAUGUCUUUUUUUUCAUUAUCCAUGUAACUCUGUCGAUAAUUACUGGUAGUAAUUUCAAUACAUUUAUGUUGUGUUAUAUAUCUGUUAUGUGUAUAUGUGAGAUGUGUUUAACUCAGACAAAUGUUUUGAAACAAUUUUAAUGUCUGUAGGUUUUCUAAUAGUCGUGUUCUCCUGUAUUUAUCUGCUACACCAUUUUUACCAAGUUGUUUUUUACCAGUAUUCUUUUAACAGGCUGCUCAUUAGGGCUGGGGCGGGUAAUCCGGAUAACCGAGGACGGUAGGGUAAUGAGUUGGACCCGGGUACCCGUCUCAAUACCCAGACCCGUUAUGAUGAUGUGACUAAUAUAGAUUAAACAAUGUAAUAUAUUAUUCUUUCAUGAUUAAGAUGGUGAAUACCAUCUUUAGAUUUAGACAUAAUUUACAGUCACUUCUUUUGAAUAUUAUACAUGGUUAAGAUAUUGAAAAAC